GGAAGGAUGAGCUCCUAUGCUGACAUCUGCGGGUCCAAGCACGCGCAGGGCAGCACCGAGGGAGGGUACCAACGUUAUGGAGUUCGCUCCUACCUGCAUCAGUUUUAUGAGGACUGCACAGCUUCAAUUUGGGAGUAUGAGGAUGAUUUUCAGAUCCAGAGAUCGCCUAGCAGGUGGAGCUCUACGUUCUGGAAGGUCGGACUCAUCUCUGGGACGGCUUUUAUGCUGAUAGGUUUAACGGUUCUUGUAGUGGGUUUUCUUGUGCCACCGAAAAUCGAAGCUCUUGGGAAAGAUGAUUUUGUUGUGGUGGAUACCCGUGCCAUUCAGUUUAAUGGGUCCCUUGAUAUAUGCAAGCUGGCAGGAGCAAUCUUGUUUUGUGUUGGAGGGUCCACCGUGGCAGCGUGUCUGCUGAUGUCGGCUUUUGCUAAAAGUUACUCCAAAGAAGAAAAGUAUCUUCAGCAAAGAUUUAAAGAGAGAAUAGCUGAUAUAAAAGCCCAUGCAAACCCAGUCACAAAAGCGCCAGCACCAGGAGAAUCCAAGAUACCUGUCACUUUGUCUAAGGUUCACAAUGUCCAACCUUUAUCUGAAACCUGACCCUUUCCUUAGGUUUUGUUUCUCACUUGUAGAUCACUUUAACUGGAAAAUAUCAGCUGUUGUUGGCAUACGUGCUAGUCAAUUACAACAUCGAGUGUUCUGCUAUACAGACACACAGCUGAUCGGGAAGCUGCUCCAAUACAAAUUUAGGAUUGGGAAAAGGGAAAUUAUGUGAUUAGACCUGUGACCAGUAUAUUCGGUGUAUUCAAACAUUUUAAUCUGUGUUGAACCAGUAAGUCCUUGCAACAACAAAUAGGUGUUUAGCUUAUCAGGUUGCAUCCCUGGAAGACAUAGGGUGCGUUUAUGACAGCUGUACCAGGAACACCCUACAUCC